GUUGGCUGCACUGCUGCUGGGAAACGGAGCAACCAGGAAGUAGUGUUGCUGUUAUUCGAGCAUUGAAUGUGCUUUCCAAUUCAAGGAAUUUGGCAUUAUUAUAGUUGAACUUCUGUUCAAAAUGCAAACGUGGAUUUGUCCCAAUUUAGAUCCAGCAUAAAGUCGUCGGUAUCGUGAUGUUAGGUAUUUAAAAAAAAAAAAAAAAAAAAAGAAAACCCGAAAUUCAUAGACCUCAAAUCCCGGAAGUGAAGCUGGGUCUUUAUUGCAGCCCGAAUGUCUGAAGAAUCUGCACUGAAAAUUGCCAUUAUUUACUUAACAUAUUAUACGUUUUGUAUAUUUUAAAAAGAAAAGUGUCCUAUAUCAAUACCGUAAUAAAUGUUAAAUUAUUGGCAGUGUGUGAAGUACAAACAGGUAGUCUUCCCUUUUCUGGACUGUAUUGUAAAGUUGAUGGCUACGUUUGGAUUCUUAGAUCUUAAAUAAAGGAUGCUUUUCGGGAAUUGAAAGAAAACACUCCAAUCUGUGGAGUGCGUAGCUUACCCAAAGCGUAAAGGUAAGCCAUAAAAAGCUCACAAACAACCUAUUUUAAUCAGAUGUCUGUCAGUGCAAUGGACACAAUGAGUGGCAAACUUGGGCUUAUUGACCUGAAGUACAACAACUCCAGGAAACAUAUUUCCAUUAGCAUCCCCUCCAAGACUGAAGACAUGUCACCACAUAUCAAGUCUGUGGAUGAACUGCGAGUCCUGGGAAUUAACCUAAGCAGUUUCAGUCAACCAGCCCAGUUUUCAAUUUGUGUUGUUGGUGUCUUUGUGUUUUAUUUAAUCUAUGGUUAUCUGCAGGAACUCAUUUUUUCAAUGGAAGGGUUUAAGCCAUUUGGAUGGUACCUCACAUUAGUGCAAUUUGGUUUUUACUCAAUGUUCGGAUUAGUAGAGCUUCAACUCACACAGGACAAGAGCAGAAGAAUACCAGGAAAGACAUAUAUGAUGAUAGCCUUUUUAAGCGUGGCUACAAUGGGUUUGUCAAAUACGUCUUUGGGCUAUCUGAAUUACCCAACACAGGUCAUCUUUAAGUGCUGUAAACUCAUUCCUGUCAUGAUAGGGGGAGUUUUUAUACAAGGAAAACGCUACAAUCUUGUAGAUGUGUCUGCAGCAGUAUGUAUGAGUUUGGGCCUAAUUUGGUUCACUUUGUCUGACAGUAAAGUAGCCCCGAACUUCAAUCUGACAGGAGUGCUGCUCAUCUCCCUCGCUCUCUGUGCAGAUGCUGUAAUAGGAAAUGUGCAAGAAAAAGCAAUGAAGCUACACAAUGGUUCUAAUUCUGAAAUGGUUUUAUAUUCCUAUUCAAUAGGUUUUGUGUAUAUAUUAGUGGGCUUGUCCUGCAUUGGUGGACUGGGUCCUGCGGUGGCAUUUUGCGCUCAGCAUCCAGUGAAGACAUAUGGUUAUGCAUUUUCCUUUUCGCUCACUGGAUAUUUUGGAAUUUCAUUUGUACUUGCAUUGAUCAAGCUCUUUGGUGCUCUUGUUGCUGUUACAGUGACAACAGGGAGAAAGGCAAUGACGAUCGUGCUUUCAUUUAUGUUCUUCUCAAAGCCUUUCACUUUUCAGUAUGUGUGGGGUGGGCUUCUGGUUAUCUUUGGAAUCUUCUUGAAUGUAUACAGCAAACACAUGGACAAAAUGAAGCUGCCCUCACUAGCUGAUAUAGGGCAAAGAAUCAUGUCAGGCAAAAAGACAAGGCCAUUGUCACAAACCGUUUAGACAGUGAUUUAUAAUUGUCUGCUGUCUGACUUUUCACAGUCCCCAGCAAUGUGGGAUUUCUAUGUCCAAAGGAAACACUGUUGAAAACAAAAAAGGCACACAUGAAAGUAUUCCCAAAGUGACUUGAAAGGGGAUGGUUUACCUGGCUGUGUGGCUCAGUGCAUCAUGGAUACCAAAUGGAGACUAAUUUAAUUUUUACACCUUAGUGGUACAAGGAAACACUAAGACCUACUGUGGGGUAUAAUUGUUGUUUUAUUUUGUAAAAUCACAACUGUCAAUUAUUUGAACAUUCAAUUUCAUAUGCAUCCAGUGCUUUUUGAGUUUUGUUUUAGUUUUUUUUAAACUUCUGUCCCCAAAAAAAAUAAAAUUCCAAUUUUUUUAUUAUUAUUAUUAUUUUUUAAUGUGCUGAGUUCCAGAGAAUAAUUUCUCUGCAUCAUGGGAAUGCAAUGCAGAACAACCACUUUCUUUUGAUAUGCGUUGUUUGUAAUGGCCUACAGCUUUUUCUGUUGAAAUGAUGUCAAAUACACUAUGGAGAAGUGCAUACACUUCAAAGGAUUGACAUUAAGUUUAGUAUAAUCCCCUGAAAACCUUAUUUAAAAGACAUCUUCCUCCACACCCAACUUGUCUGAACACUUGCACAACUUCAACAAAGAACCUAUCCAGUCAAAAUUGUUACUAGGCUUUUAAGUGGGGCUUAGCCUUGUCACACCAGUAAUCCCUGAAACCACUGAUGGUGACUUGCAUAAAUUGUUUAACUUUGAAUGGUAAAAAUUUAAAGAUGAUAUUUAUUAUAAGUGAAGACCACACCAACAGCAGUGCAGAAGUUCAAAUUGUUCUGAAAACUUACUGUAGUCCCUAAAAUAACUGGGUUAGGCAGUAAACCCUUACGGGUAUGCUAGCAGAUUAAGUGUAUUCAAGUAAGUACUGCAUUGCAUUGUUACUUGUUUUACUUGACAUUUUAUUUCGGUUUGGAUUACCGUAUAUGGAAAUUUGAAUUCUGACUAAUAAUUAAGCUGUCAAGUUCUGUUUAUAAAAUCAACUGGUUUGUUG